UGUUGUGGUUUCUAAGCUUUUGGAUACCGAUACUUAGUAAGGGCUGUGUAGACAUGUUGACAGUAACAGAGUUUUAGAUACUAGAUCUAGAUAGUUGUUAACCUAUCUAAGGAUAAAUGUCAAUUGUUAUAUUAUUUAACCAGAACGUGAUUAAGUGCUUGAUUUCUUAGAAUCGUUCAUUCUUUUUGGUGCCUUUUCUACAAUCUUCGACCUCACAAACACAAAGGAACUUGACUCUCUUGCGGUCAAACUUGGGAUAGGAUCAACUGUAUUGACCAGUACAUAAGGAAAUGUGAUUUGACUUUACAGGUUUUUUUCCCAACACAGCAAAACAUAAAAUAACAUAAUAUGCACUUCUAUUAUAAAUGCUAAAGACAGAUCACGAUUUAUCUCCCAAAAGACAUCAUUAAUAACAAGUGGCCAUCAUCGGAAUGGUGGUUAAACAAUUGAACAAGACGGACACUACAGUCAUUACAAACUACUGCUUUUAAAAUUAACAAUUAAAAAAAGAAUCUACACAGAAUUAUACAUUCUUAUAAGCUUCUUUUUUUUUUCUAUCUGGCUCACAAUGUCAACACUUUGUUGUGUCAUCAAAUCGAAGGGGCCUAUGCAAAGAGACAGCCAGAUUUUUUUUUUUAAACAAACUUCUUGAGAAGUCCAUUUUUUAAGCUACAUUGAGCUGUGUUUUUGGGAUUAUAUUUAACAUCCUACCUGCAAUAGUUUCCCAACUUUAUGAAAUAAAUGUUUUAACUUUGUACCUCGGUCAGUAGAAUGAAGAAUGUAUUGCAAAAACAGGAAACAAAUUUUGUGGAGCGUCUCCGUGUAUUCCCUUGCACUUUCCACUUAGACUUCAAACAUGUGAAGAAAUUCAGAUUAAAAGAAAGAAAAAAGAGACUUGAAUUGGAGAUCAAUAACUCUAAAACUGAGGACCCCCGAAAAAUGAACCUGCUACUUUGGAUUUAUCAUAAACUUGACAAGAGAGAAAAAGCUUCAGAACUUUGCGAACGUCUUUCUCAAAGUGAAAAUAUAAUAUCAUUAGCAAACACAGCCUACAUAAUGCAUUGGUAUAAAAAAGUCUCAAGGGCCUUACAGUGUUUGAGUACACUAGAAAAGCUAAAAUCAGGACGCUCUUAUGAUUCCCUUAAGACACAGGCUACGUUAGAGCUAGCUUUUGCGUAUAAGAAAAUUGGAGGGCCAAUGAAUUUAUCUCAAGCUAUACAGCUAUACACUGAGUAUUUACAAGCUAAGCCAGAAGAUUGGAAUGCUAAGCUAGAGCUUGGAAUCACAUGCCGGCGGUCACUGCAUCCCAAAAUAGCAAAUUCAGAAUUCCUUAACCAGGCUGCUUUUCUCGAACGCAUGGAAAAAACUGCAGAUGUGCUCUUCUCUGUCGCUGAUUCAGACCCGAACACAGUCAAUCGCGGUAGAGCCUACAUCGAACUGGCAGUGCUACGAGCUCAUUUUCAGACUUAUGUAGAGUUCAACAUCUGUCAUCCGAUAUUUAGGUCAAUGAGCGUCAAGAAACUUUGCGAUCUCGCUUUGGAGUUCAGCAACGAUGACUCUCGAGUAUUGUGUGAGUGUGGUAGGAUUAUACAUCGCUUUGACUGGAAUAAAGCCAUUCAAGUUUUAGAAAAAUCCACCCAUUUAAUGCCACAUACUGUCGCUUAUCAUCAUCUGGCAAUAGCUUACGGGAAACGCGCCAGACGUAUGCAAACUGAUCAGCUGGGUUUGCGGUGGAAAAGUAUAAGUCAUGACCCUAAAAGCGUAUUUUUAGAUUUUGCUUCAGUUGACGUCCAGAAAGCGAUAGAAUGCUAUAGAAAAGGAGUUGAAAUUUCGUUAAAAGACAAUAUUCCCGCUAUGUUUAAUUAUGGUCAGUUCUUAAAAUCGUGUGGUCUUUUCGAAGACGCUAUAGAACAAUUCUCAGAAGUCAUUAGGAUUGCUCAAUAUUUAUCUAAAGACAACGUGAACAGUGAAGAUGCUGAGCAUGCCAACAUAGUUUCAGCAUACGAACAGAUUGGACUCUGUUACCUGGCCAUGUAUUAUAUAGCAGAUGAUCAGUGCACUCCAUCAGAAGUAUUCGCUCGAAUUUUUUGUUCCAUUCGCGAAUAUGAAGCCAACGAAGCUAUAGUCACAGAUUCAGAGGUUGAUCUUGAACACACUCCCAAAAGGCACAUCAUUUAUAAUUCAGAUUCUCCUCGUGAGGUGAAAUAUGAACAAACAUUUUUAAAAAGCUGUGAAUCUCAAGCAUCUCCUGAAGUGAACAGUUUAUGCAAUUCUCUGAAAACUUUGUCUGUGACAGAUAAAGAGGAUUUGAAGGAAAAGGCGAUAGAGAACUUCAUGACUGCUAUCAUUCAAGCAGCAAGUUAUAUUUCCAAAUCUCCACAUCUUUAUACAAUUAAUAUAUGGAAGGCUUAUUUACAAGUAAGGACUAAUUGUACUAAAGAAAAUCCCCAUGAAAAAAGGCUUUUUCAAUUAUUGGACAUCUGCGGCCAGCAUCAAAAUGUUUUCAAACUGACAGAAGAUUUAAGACUACACGAUACAGAAAAGUUUAAAGAUCCAGACAUUUUUGAUAGAGCCAUACAAAGUUAUUUAGCUUUGAGAAAGUAUACAAUGGCUCUCGCGUUUUUAAAUCUGUUUCUUCCACAAGUUGAAUUUUUGGAUACGGCCGACAAAGUAACUUUACAGAUCAAAGUGAAUCUGUAUUCGGCGGCAGCAAGUCUGCAGCUCAAAGACACGAAUCCCAGCGACCUGUUUCAUCAUGUGCUAGAUCUACAGUUUCAAAGUACCGUUGAAGCAUGUGAUCCAAACAACACGGCUCAGACUGACUAUUUAGAUCUAUUGAUUUUAUACGACGACACUGACCCUGCUGAAGAAGGUCAGAUGUCAGUUGUAGAGGCGAAAUCACGUGAACUCAAGAGGUUACUAAAAACUACCUACAAUUUAAAAGUCAAGUGUAACCGAGAUAGGUCACCGUGUGGUUUACGUCUCGACCCUGAUGAAAUGUUGUGGUAUAGAUGUAUCAUUGUUGUUCUGGACCUAAAGACUCAAGCUACAAGCAUGGAAACAAGGGUUUUCGAUGCCACACUUCGCUAUAUACCCUCGCUGAAGAUACACUGUGAGAAGAGCAAGCUUCCCCUACCAACAGUAACAUUAGCCUUGAUGUCAAGUGAUGUUCCCGUGCCCUUAAUGGUUCAACAGUACACGCAAGUGUACCUGGAUGACGUCAUCAAGGCCGUCUCGGGUAUUCCCUGUGACACGCUGGAGUCUCACGUGACACAUUCUCCUAAAGACAUGCCUUCCGGCUUGUCCCCUGUCUCCAACUAUGUGCCUUCUUACAAGCGUAACCCGUUCUUUGAGGAAGACAGUGGAACAGAUGGUCCGGGAUUCUCUCCAAAGGUCAUGGCACAGAUGAGGCUGUUUUGUCAGCUGCUCAACAGGACGUGGCCCUCUUGUGACAGGAUACAAAAGAAUUGAUUCCAUUAUUAUUUUUUUUAUUCUCAAUACUGAGGCACAUACAGAUUUAUUUAUUGUGAAGAUUUAUAUGUCAAGUCUAAUUAUUUCCAUGAUAAUGGAUGAUUUUUUGUUUGAAUGUCACACGUGUUAAGUUAUCAUUCACCGAGUUGUGUGACAUUCAAGCAUAUAAUUAUUUAGUGGAUUAAUGGUCAUUUCGUAUUUACUGGAUUACGCUGGAGUAUUUUGGGACACUAAAUUGUACGUAUACUAUUACAAAUUAGUCAACGCUACACCAUACAAGAUUCAUUCAAAAUAUAUUCCUAAUGUAAAAUCAGCGUCCAACAGUACUAGUAACAUUAAUGUAUCUUUACCUGCACGCUAAUGAUACUUGCUGUCUGUGUUUUAACGAAAGGACUAACCUAUAACUAACAGCUAUGCAAAUCUUUCAUACUAAUUACGAGUGUUUAUAGGCUUUGCUAGAAGAUUUGAAACCUGUUCUGUCAAUAUUAAAAUAAAAAUGUUUCCGUUAGUGUGUGUGUGCGUUUGGGGUAAGGGGGAUACUUAUUUCUCUACACUGUUUGUACAAUUAAUAGUCCUAUUCCUUAAAGACAUUUAUUGCUGAUUCCCCAAGCUGUGUACCGCGAGGCCUUAAUAGGUGUCCCACGAACUUCUGGAAUAAUUCACUGGUAGGCCGACACGUGAAUCAAUCUGUCUAAAAAACAAAAUAAACAAUGUGUUCCAUUUAAUGCUCAGAUUGUGCGAAGUGUUCCAUUAGGGACAAAGUUUUGGAAACACUGGUUUAAUUCACGGGUAGUACCGUCAAACUUUAUUUCAUUUUUCUGAAAUAUUUUUUUUUAAGUUAUUAAAACAUGUUUUAAUGAUACUUUUUUAAAGAGUCGUUUUGUUUCAAUAUAUAAAUAAUGACACACAGUGUAAGCCACUAUAAGCAAUAUGUGUGGUGAAGAACGUGAAUGUUUCUUUACUUAACUUGUUCACAUUAUAAAUAUGUGUAUACUGUACCUAUAUAUGUUAGAUAUAUUUAUUUUUAACAGAAAUGUAAUAGUAAAUAAAUUCUUAUAAAUCUAUCUAUCUAUCUAUCUAUCUAUAUAUAUAUAUAUAUAUAUAUAUUGUUAAUAAUGAACUCUAAAUUUGGACUGAAAUGGAGUCAAUAUAUUGUUUGUUUAUACAGAAUUAUAUAUUUUAAAUCUACGCUGGGUGCGGGAAAAUAUGUAGGGCGCAGCUGAGACUGCGUAGUCACGUGAUAUACUGCACUCAUCAUUACUCUUCGGACCUGAAGAUAAGCCUGAUAUUUUUUUCUAGAACGUAGUCUAAUAUUGUAUUUUAAUGUCCCUGAGGUCUGUUUAUUUUAGAAUAUUUUUUUUUACUUAAUUUAUUAACAAGUCAUCUGAGGUAAUACAGUUGCAGUAAUGCAGUUAUACUAUCUGUGAUAUCAAAAUAAUAAAAAAAAAGACACUUCAAAGUAAAUAAAUAAUGUUUCUACCACACAAUCA